UCCUGAUGAAUUGCUGAUUGCUGUUACAAGAGAGCAACUAAACAUCAAAAACUAAUGAUGUAAUAUAUGGUGAUUAACAUAACAAUAAAAAAUUAAAAAAAAAACGAGAGCAACUAAAAAGUAACGUUUAAAGAGCAAAUAAACUGCCGUUCCUAUCAGAAUGGGUGUGAUACUUUCCUCAGAACAUGUAACACUACCUGUAGUAAAGGGUGGGAGGCUAGAGCGUAGGGUCAUUCUGGUCUACAGGUAUUUGGUACCAGAACGUGAUGAUAAUUUUGAAGAUCAUUGUAGUGAAAAUAAGACACAGCAGCAGCUAACAUUUGGGCAUUUACUGUUUCCUACCUUUGGUGCUAAGUGCUAUACUGUGUAUUUCAAUUAAUCAUUUAACUCAGUUAAAAGAGAGAUUAUCCCCAUUGUUCAUCUCUAGGAAAUAACAUGCUUAAUUUCUUCAUCAUAUCCAUCCCUUUACCCUUUGUUCUAAAUAUCUGAGCUAAAGGGAGUUUAUCAAAUUUGGUAGAUUCAGUAACUAGCAGCCUCUGAGACCAUUUUACAACAAUGAUCAUUAUACAAAACCUAAUAGUGGCAAAGUUACAAUUAUUUUUACUGAACCAUCAGCACUCAGCAAACCACUGUUCAGGGCAAGGCUUCACUAGAAGCUCCAGCCACUCAAGCUCCACCCACGGGUCUCGCUACGCCCUCAGGAGUAAGCACCGCCUCCACCAGGCGCCGGCGGAAGUAACUUUGUGCGCGCGUGCCUCUCGCGGGACCUACACCUCUUUUUGGCGAGAUUUCGACGACAGGGACAAAGCAGUAUCUCGCGGGAAGUUGAACCGGAAAAGCGACGGGUGGAAGUGAACGCGGGUAAAUCUCGGAUGUGAGGCUGUGCUUUUGAUUUCCAGGAGGUUUUAGAUGCUCGGUGGUGUAGACCUCUUGUUUGGCAUCUCGCGGCGGGAUCAUGUUGACCCGGCUGAAAGCAAAAUCAGAGAGGAAGCUUGCAAAACAGAUUUGCAAAGUUGUAUUGGAUCAUUUUGAAAAACAGUAUUCCAAAGAACUUGGAGAUGCCUGGAAUACAGUAAGGGAUAUACUAAUAUCUCCAUCAUGCUGGCAAUAUGCUAUCCUUCUUAACAGAUUCAAUUAUUCCUUUGAACUGGAAAAAGAUUUACAUUUAAAGGGCUAUCACACACUCUUUCAAGGAUCUUUACCCUACUAUCCUAAAUCAAUGAAGUGUUACCUUAGCAGAACUCCGGAUAGAAUGCCUUCAGAAAGACACCAAAUUGGAAUUUUAAAAAAAUACUAUCUCCUGAAUGCUGCCUCUCUUCUGCCAGUAUUGGCUCUGGAAUUAAGGGAUGGGGAGAAGGUUCUGGAUCUGUGUUCUGCUCCUGGAGGCAAAUCGAUAGCUCUGCUGCAGUGUGCUUAUCCAGGUUAUCUUCACUGUAAUGAACAUGAUAGUCUGAGAUUGAGGUGGCUGAGGCAGACAUUAGAAUCUUUCAUCCCACAGCCUUUGGUAAACGUAAUUAAAGUGUCUGAAUUGGACGGCAGAGAAAUGGGAGAUGCCCAGCCUGAAAUGUUUGACAAGGUGUUAGUUGAUGCUCCGUGUUCAAAUGAUCGAAGUUGGUUGUUCUCUUCUGAUUCUCAGAAGGCAGCCUGUAGGAUAAGCCAAAGGAGGAAUUUGCCUGUUCUGCAGGUAGAACUCUUAAGGUCUGCAAUUAAGGCCUUACGCCCUGGAGGGUUACUUGUGUACUCUACAUGCACACUUUCCAAGGCAGAAAAUCAAGAUGUCAUCAGUGAAAUUUUAAAUUCCUACACGAACAUCAUGCCUGUGGACAUUAAGGAAAUGGCAAGGACUUGCUCCCAAGACUUCACAUUUGCUCCCACUGGCCAGGAAUGUGGACUUUUGGUAAUUCCAGACAAGGGCAAAGCCUGGGGCCCAAUGUAUGUAGCCAAAUUGAAGAAAUCAUGGGCUACGUGAAAUUGGUGAUACGCAUUUUGUAAGCCACGUCAAUGUAUUAUUAUAUUUAUUUUCCUGGGCUGUCUAGGUGUUAACAUUUAAAUAAUUAUGGAGUCAUUUUCCUUGGGUGUGUUUGGAAUCCUAUUUUACUUAAUACUUGGCAUCUCAGAAUCUAGACUUGAGAAUUUUCCAGGUGUAUUUUUUUCCUAGAAAUAUAUCUAUAGCACUGGUUUCAGGUGUUGCAGGUGGUGUUUGUUCUGUAUAAUAAAUCUGUCUUUUAGUUGGCAUUUUGUAGUUAAAUUAAUCAGAAUAUAUGGUUUUAUGCAUAAUAUGUUUAGGAAUACAUUCUAUCCAUGAUGUUGGUGUUUUGAACCUCUAAAAAUGCACAUUUGGCUGGCCCUUUUAUAAUUUUUUUCCUUAUGAAAUAUACAGAUUCUUUUAGAGUCCCACCCCCCACCUUUUUCCAUAAGAACUGAUUAGUAUUCUGAGACUAACUUCUUAAGCGGCACUAUUUCUAGUUCUAGAAAAUAGGUUUCUUAUUUGCCACGUUGUUUUCCACUAAGGACUAUCUUCUGUUUACUGCAAAGGUCGGUGACUCUUUUGACACCAGCUUUAUUUCUCCAUUUUUUUUUUUUUUUGUAUUCACAAAUACAAAUUGAAAGGGUAAAUUAUGUUGAAAUGCUGUUAGAACAGCAGAUUCACAUGCACGGUUUGACUUUCAACAUUCAGCUUGAGAAUAAUGGAGUCUAUCCAGCAGGCUAUAAAGCAAGUACUUGAAACAAAACCAGAAUGAUUAAUAACUGCAAUAACUGAACUAUAUUUGGAGAGUUUUGUUACAUAAUUGCAGUCAUAAUGAGCACUACAGAAUCUGAUUAUCUUACAGUUGCAAUCUGGAGGAGCUUUUUAUUUCACUCCGUUAUGAAAUGUUAUAUGAGAGUAUGAUGUCAUGUAUUAAUGCACAAGAGGGAGUUGCCUAUUGAGAGUGGAUUAUACUAUUACCAAAACCCAAUACCAUUUACUAUGUGGCUCUCCCUGUUUACAUAUAUCCUGGGAAUAUUGUGUACAUUACUGUACAUGUACUUAGGGUUUUAGCUUCAGGUUUGGAUCAUGUGUUUUCUCUAGAAGUUGCUUCACUUAGAGUCCAAAGGUACUUUUCCAACUAUGAAGAAAAAUUAUGCAGCAUACUUCAAAAGAUGAUAAUCUAUUUGGAAAUUAACUUUAAGAAAAAUAAACUGACUAUAGAAAUAGGAAAUUCUGCUGAAGCUGAAUCCUUUUGAAUUUGUUUACUAUAUUCUGCAUAUUUAAACCAGAGACUCUUUUCUCUUGAACUGUUUUUUUUUUCAACAAGCAUAUAUAACCAGUUUCUUUUUUUUUAAAGAUUUUAUUUUAAGAUUUUAUUUAUUUAUUUGACAGAGAGAGAAUGAGAGAGAGAGAGCACGAGAGGGAGG